CCAGUCUGGACACCUCAGUCAGUUUCCACGCGCCAGCCUGGGCCGACCCGGGACAGGCAGAGGCAGCGACGAGGAGGGCUAUUCCCAGAGCGCCCUCCCAGCCUCGCAUCCUCCCAGCGGAGGCCUAAUAAGGCCGGGCUGGCUGCCGCGGCCCCGCCCCCACUCCACCCCCGAGCAUUCUUCUCCCUUGUAAGGCCCGGCCGCGGUCCCCCCCAAGCCCGGCUGCGCCCCUGGAGCCAGCAGCCCGCCGGAGCUGCUGCCAGCCAGCACCGCAGCAGCAGCAGCAGCAGCAGCAGCAGCAGCAGCAGCAGCAGCAGCAGCAGCAGCAGCAGCAGCAGCAGCAGCAGCAGCAGCAGCAGCAGCGACGUCUCCUCUCGGCUCUCGGCAGCAGGGAAACCCCAACACCCAAAGCCAAGAUGUCCAGCAAGCGGGCCAAGGCCAAGACCACCAAGAAGCGGCCCCAGAGGGCUACGUCCAAUGUCUUCGCCAUGUUUGACCAGUCCCAGAUCCAGGAAUUUAAGGAGGCCUUCAACAUGAUUGACCAGAACCGGGAUGGCUUCAUCGACAAGGAGGACCUGCAUGACAUGCUGGCCUCUCUGGGGAAGAACCCCACAGAUGAGUACCUGGAGGGCAUGAUGAGCGAGGCGCCGGGGCCCAUCAACUUCACCAUGUUCCUCACUAUGUUUGGGGAGAAGCUGAACGGCACAGACCCGGAGGACGUGAUCCGCAAUGCCUUUGCCUGCUUUGACGAGGAGGCCUCAGGCUUCAUCCAUGAGGACCACCUGCGGGAGCUGCUCACCACCAUGGGUGACAGAUUCACAGACGAGGAGGUGGACGAGAUGUACCGCGAGGCGCCCAUUGAUAAGAAGGGCAACUUCAACUACGUGGAGUUCACCCGCAUCCUCAAACAUGGUGCCAAGGACAAGGACGACUAGGCCUUUCUUAGCUGUCCCAAUGCCCAGACCCCACCCGAGUCACCUCCCCAAUGCACACACACAUACACACCCACAUACCACCCUCCUCCCGAGGGGUUGGGGUCCCAGCUCCCAGGGCAGGAAAUGAGCCAAAAGACCCACAGGGUGACCAGGCAUUCCACGCUGGCCCCGGGCACUGAAACGGAUCUCUGACCCUUCAAGGAAGGACUUCAGUGGGGAGGUGAGCCAAGGGUGGGACCAGCAGGCACCAAAGGGAGGCCCCUGAAGAUGGCCGCCCACAGCCAUGACCUCACAUUCCCAGGCUGCCCUGAGGAGGAGAACACCUGUGUCCUGGUGUUGGCUGCGAAUUCCCAGCAUCCCACAAAUGCACACGCACGUUCACCAGGUCCCUUCAGAUGGUGACAGUCCACACUGAAGCCUGGCGGUUGUCAGAGCACACCCAGAAUGCACAGAGGGGAGCUGCCUGAGGGGACACAGUUUCUAAUACAAGGCUGAGCACUG